AUGUUCCACACUCCUCCAAUCAAUGAGCGGAGCUUUGACGGAGUCCAGGCGAUCAAGGACUCAAACCAGGGCUCUGUUGAAGGGUCUUCUCAUGAGCCAUCGAUCUCGUCUGGAAACGGCGCGACGUCACUCACAAAAGAAGAGAUAGCUUUGGAACUAGAUCAAAUAGUGGAAGUGCCGCUAGAACUAGCCCGUCUAGAAGAUAAUUUCGUGGACGAUCUAAAACAACCGAAAUAUCUGAAGCCCCUAAGUGUGGUGCAAUUAUCUGGCUUAUUUCAGAGUUUCUACUCCAGGUUCGACAAAGCUGCUUUCCAGUAUCUCACUAGGGCUCCUGAAGUGGGAAAUAGCACGACUUUCUUAAAUGCACGCGAAACUUUGAGCAGCGGCAUCAGUGGGAUUUUCAAUCGCAGUAGAAGCAGCAGUGACACGGCUCGGAAAAGAUCAUCAUCGCUAUUCAGCACCGAUUCCACGGGUGGAAUCCAGCCGCUUCUGACACCUGAAGAAAUCAACAAACACCUACGCUUAACCGAACUGAAUAAUCGCAGAAUCGAGAAACUACUGGAACUGUGCGAGCACGAUGUGUUUCAAAAAAUAUUAGAGGUGGGGACGUCAGUGCCCAGCAGUACCACUACAAGACGCGAGAAGCCAUCACGAAAUUUGAAAGCUACAAAUCUGUUUAAAAACAGCCCAGAAUUCAUGGAUUUUGAUAGAUUGAUGUGGGAGAAAACGUUGUUGCUGUCAAACAUGGCCAAAUGUGGGAAACUGGAUCUCAUCGAGUUUCUAUCCGUACCUCAAAGAGGGCUGGACAAUGGGAAACUGGCAUCGCAUUUGGAUAGUAUGGUGUAUGGGCCACUGGCACCAUAUGAAAAGCUUUUGAACGUUAUACGAUUGCACGACGAAAUGACAAUGUCUCUGGGCCAUUUGAGCAACGAUGACUUCCUUUCCACACUCAUUUAUUUGAUCAUCCAGUUUCCUGUGAAGCACAUGUUCAUAAACCUGCAGUUUAUCAAGCUUUUCCGCUACAACAAGAAAUUGGUAGAAAAGGACUUAUAUGCCCUCACCAACUUGGAUGCAGCACUGACAUUUUUGCAGGGACUCACAUUGUCAUCUCUUCCCUUUGAAACUCAAGAGCAAUUGACGAGAGCUGAGGAGGCGUGCUUGCAACUUCCGAUAUGUGAGAAAAUUGUAUUGCCAGAAACACAGGUAUCUGUUAGUGGCAUGCCACCAAAUUUCUCCGGUCUACCAAGAUCUAACUCUUACAAGGAAUUUGAAGGUCUCAAAACGGCCUUCGACUCCUCUUUACGCAACAUUUUCGGCAAAAUUCGGUCCUAUACACCCCCUGCCGGCACAUCAGUCACCACCCUCACACCAGACAAACCUUUGAAUGGCGUUUCGACCUUGCCAGCUCCGUCUGAAAUUGAGUCGGUUAAAAAACUCACUACAAUUCCGGAUUCAUGGCGAGUUCUGGGAAGCCGCGACUUUGAGGACUUGAAGAUGUGCGAACUCAGACAAGUCUUCGAAAACUACCGGAGACUGUUAGAUGCAUCAAAUAGCUAG